CCUCACUCUACUGCGCUCCUUCUCUCCCUGCCUCAUCAACGCCCUCGCAGCUCGCGCCGCCAUGGUCCACGCCGACGCCGCCACGCUGCCUGCCGCCGCGCUCGCCUCGCCCGCCGCCUUCUACGCGCACGUCGGCGAGCAGGUCGCCGCGCUGUGCGAGGGGCAGCGCGCCUGGGUGUGCAACCUGGCCAACGCCAGCAGCGUGCUGUAUGCCGCGCUCAACGAGUGGAAGCGCAGCAGGGGCAAGCGCAUCAACUGGGCCGGUGAGUGCGCAGCUAGGAGGCAAGAGGGGGAGCAGAGGGGCGCAAGGCGAGUCGCGAGCGGCGAGAGACAGGCGAGAGGCAUCGCAGAGCGCGAGGAGGCAGGGUGGCAGCGAGGAGGCAGUGUGGCAGCGAGGAGAGGCGAGGGUGGGAUCCGCAGGCAGGUACGGCUGGCCAUGCGCAGGCCGUCUCCUUCGAACGUCAAGCCUGGCACCCCCAGCAGAGCCACAGCGGCAAGUCUUGCCGUCGUCCUUCUGCUGCGCCCGGCUUCUCUUUGGGGCGCAGCUCACUGACCUCUCUUGCCCCUCCCUUGCCCCUCUCUCUGUUCGUGGCUCAGGCUUCUACCUCCUCUCCCCUCUCAUCCCUCAUUCCGGCCCGCAAAAGCGGCCCACUCUGCUCCUCGCGCCCUUCCACGGCCUGCCCGCCUGCCAGGCCAUUCCGUCCAUCGCAGGCAAGGGCGUGUGCGCAGACGGCAGUGCCGUGCUGCCUCCCACCUCCGUCGUCGUGCGCGACACCGACGCGUACCCGGGCCACAUCGCAUGCGACAGUGCUUCGCGCUCCGAGAUUGUCGUGCCGCUCGUUAUUGCCCGCGGCCGCCUCUCGGCCUUCGACGCGAGCCGGCCAGAGUGGGCAGGCCGCGGAGACGGGCAAGACGUCAUCAUCGGCGUGCUGGACAUCGACUGUGAACAGCUCGAGGGCUUCGACGACGAGGAUCGCAAGGGCCUGGAGGGCAUCGCGAGGCUCCUGGUCGAUGCUUGCGAUUGGUGAUCGCGCGCAGCCCGCGUUUGUCACACCUCCUGCUCUAGACUACACACACCCUUAAUCGAUCUCUCUCUCUC